AUGGUUUCCCUCUUGGAUGCGACCGUGUUUCUGCUCUGCUUCGCCGUCGCCGGCCUCCACGUCCUUGAUUACCUUCUUGCCAUCUGCCCGCACAGCGUGGGCGGCGCCGUCGCGCUCCUUGCCCUCCCUACAGCUUACUUUACGGGUGUGAUCCUUGUUUACCUCCAAAUCGCGCCGGCGCCACGCGCGCCGGUGUCGCAAGUUGUUGCUUUGAGGCUGCUCGCCGCCAUGGCAUGUGCCCUGCUUCUCCUUGCUGCCAUCAUCAUGUUCAUGCCGCUUGCGCCUUGGCUGUUCAGUAUGUGA